AUGAAUUUGAUGACCUGGAAUUGUAGAGGUGCUGGAAAGAAACAAUUUAAAAGCACCUUUAGAAGGUUCAGGAAGAAGUAUAGAGUUGGAGUGGCUGCAAUAUUGGAGCCUAGAGUUAGUGGUGACAUAGCCUUGAAAAUUAUUCGAGGUUUGGAGUAUCCUAGUUAUAUAAUUUCUGAGGCCAAUGGGUUUGCAGGAGGUGUGUGGAUAGUAUGGGACCCAAAUGAGGUGAGUGUCACUCUUGAGAGGAAACAGGAACAAUUCAUCCAUUGUUGGGUGGAGUUUCCUGGUAAGGAGGGAUUCUUCUGGACUGCUAUUUAUGCUAGCCCUAAAGAAGAAAAAAGAAGAGUGUUAUGGGAAGACCUGAAGCUUAUUGGGAGAACCAUGAAUAGUCCUUGGAUGCUGUCAGGAGACUUUAAUGAGAUUUCCUCAAUUGCUGAGAAGAAAGGAGGUAAGCCUGUUGAUGUUAAUAGAUGCAUUAUGUUUAAUAAUGUUUUAAAUGCAUGCGGGGUUAUAGAUUUGGGAGGGGGAGGAAACCGAUUCACAUGGAAGGGGCCCAAAUUCCCUCAUUUGGAUAGAGUGUUCAAAAGACUUGAUAGAGUCAUUGCAAAUGAUGCUUGGAGAACCUGUUUUGAGGAAGCUACUGUCUUGAAUCUUCCUGGAAUUUUCUCAGAUCAUUGUCCUGUCUUGGUGAGAAUUGAUAAAGAGGAUUAG